AUGAAGCCCACCAAAUCCCUCUCCCUCGCCUAUACCCUCUCCAACCUCUCAUACCAAGCAUCUGCUCAACCCUCUAGCAUGCUCCAAACAAUAAACGGCAUCCUCUCCCCCGGCCGCGGCAACACGCCCGCAGCCCAAGAAGUCUUCUCCUCAGCGGGUCGAAAUCCCGUCGUAAGCAGCUCCGUCUCCUUCAAUCGUACGGACUUCAACAGUCUUCAAGACUGGACCUGGAGGAUCAAUAUCACGGAUGUUCGUCUCACCAAUGAUUUCAACGAUUUAGGCGAGCCUUCCGCGAACGCUUCUGAGAAUGUGCAUGUGGUGAACUCUCAGUAUGAGUUGCUAUGGCCUGGGGCAACGGAGAGUGAGAAUGGGACUUUAGAAAGUUAUCUGAGGAGCAUUAACUCGAGUCUGUUGAUGACCGCGGUGGAGAUUGUGUUGCCGGAGAAGUUGACGGAGAAAUAUGAGACUGGGAUGAAUGGAUCCUGUGCAGAUGUUUUGGGGAGUCAGUGUACGCAGUCGUUGAUGGAGGCGGCGGCUACGAUGGAGCAAGGGUUCGCGAUGGAGGGUUUAGCGGGAUGUGGAGAUAGUAUCGGUAAGGGGGUAGGGAUUGGAGGAAUUGGUUAUGAAAUGUCUCCUGACAGCAACUCCACGACACGGCAAGGAGAUACGUUGUAUUAUCGUACAUCAGCGGCAUUCACUGGCGGCAACGAGACUUUGCUGAAUCAAGCAAAGAGUGCAGUCAAUAUACUGGUGUUGGAUAUCCAAGCCGAACCUCGCUCGGAAGGAACUGGCAGUCCUGGUGCUCCUUCUGUGCUGUGUCAAGUCGUUGAUAAAAGUGCGACUACAUCCGCGGCUGCUGGCUGGGGCCAGAAUCUAGCAAGGUGGACCUUAGGUGUUGUCGUUGCGACUACUAUUGCUUUGGUCCUAUGA